AUGAAGCGUGUUGGUAUUUUCGUCGAAGACAGGAAAUUUGAGAAACUCGGUUUUAAGCAGUUUCUUGAAAUAAAGAGAUAUAUCCAGUCAAAUCCUUCUAUUAAGUUCCUUGAUCAAUUUGAUGCCGUCGCGUUGAUAUUGAAUCGUUAUAUGCAAUGUAAAAGUGUUGCUCACGCUGCUCGAGCUGCGGGUCUAUGUGAUGUGAUUCUGAUACCAUCUUUUUGUUUGUGCAUUGGUGAUCUGGAAAUUGACAUUCGUUCCCUCCAAGAUGCCAAUGUAACUUUUCCAGUUGUUUGUAAGCCUCUUGUCUCGCACGGGAAAGCAGAGGCCCAUAAAAUGAUGCUGCUCUUUAAGGAGGAUGACCUGAGCCUGGUUAAAUGUCGCUCCGUGGUGCAGAGUUUCGAGAACCACGAUGGGAUCUUGUUGAAGGCCUACAUUAUUGGUGACUUCUUUCAUCUCGUUACAAGACCAUCCAUUGGAAAUCUGCCUAGAGAACAUGAACCAAUCUUUUUUAAUUCGCAAGAUGUUUCCAAGGGAAACUCACGUUCUGUUCUCAACAACGCUCAUGGUGUUCCAAGUGUUGAAGAUUUAAAUAUUGACAAGGCUUUAAUCAAGCGGGUCAUUGGCACCCUCCGUGCACGUUUGCGUCUCGAACUCAUGGGCGUCGAUUUCGUGAUUCCAUCCAACACUGAUCGUAAGCAGCGCUUAGCUGUUAUAGACGUCAACGUAUUUCCAGAUUACAGCUGUGUGCCAAAUUUUCACUUCCACUUGGAGAAUUUGGUGAGAGAAAAGCUGGAUUUAUCGAAGCUACCCUCGCCAGCAGCUGUCACGGAUGCACUGUCAGCCUAUGUUGUUCUUGAACGAUCAGGAACAGCUUAUCGCUUGAUCAACUACCGCAAUAACUCUGCGUUAGCACUUAGCGAAAAUUGCCAAUAUGGAUACGUGUAUCAUUUUAACUGUCGCGGACUGAUUAAUAUUCAUCACGAAAAGCUUUCAAUUACAUUUGACAAGGAGCGACAGAUACUACUGCGGACUGAGAAGCCCAGCUUCGUAAAGAACGAGAACGAGUACUACCGACUGACAAUGCAUCAUUGGGCUCAAUGCAGACCAGUGUCGAUGGAUUUCUUUGAUCGUGAUCGCACUCCAGACAUCUUGAAGAAGUCUGGAUCGGAUAAAGUAAAUGAAGAACCGAAACUGCUAGACCUAGUCAACUCUUCGGUAAUUCAGAAAGACGCCAGCGGUCUCACGAUUUACCUGGGUGAUGCCCGAAUUGAACAACGUUUGAACGGUGAUGUUAGCCUCUCAUGGAUGCAUGGAGAGCAGCUCAAUUCCCUCGUCGUCUCACCCCUUACAGGCGGAUUGAGUCUGUCCACAAGAAAUCUGGAGAUAAUUGCCACUCCCAAAAAUGAAAUUUACAUAUCGUUUGCAGAUUUCUUCGUCCAUGUAGAGUCCCAACAGAUGACUGUUAGCAGUGGUGCAAUAUCCGGUCGGCCAAACUACGUCAGGGGGCACCCCUGCCUACUGAAGCUGGUAAACAGUCAUGCGGAGAGUCAAAAUCUGCCCCAGUAUUGCCCCUACAUGAAUCACCCACAGAGCAGUCCCAUACACAGGGUCAGUAAACAUGGAAGUCACGGACGCCACGAGGGUAACAAUCCCAACGCAGGCACUUGCAAGAUUAGUACUAGCACCAGCAUUCCUCAAGCCGAAACUCCAACUACUACACUUUGUGGCUCAAUGGACACGGAGGAAUUGGCUCAUAAAUCGGCCAGUGGAUGCAAUUGUGCCAAAUCUUCUGAUACUUCACUACCGUCGAAAACAACAAAGACGGAGGAGUGUUCAGUAAACACGAACCCUAUAGCGAAAGUCGCCGAAAAUCCCGCAGGCGGCGGAGAGAUCCGGAUGCUGUCACUUUGCGGCGGUGCCGCGGUUCAGAAGAUGAAGGGUGAACAGAGUGAUGUAUUGGAACUUGCUGAGCUCUUAUGCGCAUCCAAAAAACUGGAUCGUGAUCGUGGUGAAGUAGCUUUGAGAGAAAGAGAGUUUGAAGCUAAUGAAAUUAAAGAUUUGGUCGAUUGGGUCAUGGAAAAGUCAGAGAAUUUGCACGAGUGGGAGGACAUAUAUGGUGCCUGUACUUUUGCGCGUAUUUUGCUUGAGAAAGUCCCGACUACUCUGUUGGAUGCCCACAACUUUAGGGAAGCGUUGAUCGAGAAACUUCCCGAAAUGGAUUCACAUUACGAAUAUCGGGUUCGUAUUGCAGCGGGUGAACUGAUGGGGGUUCUUUGCAACCUUGCCGGUGUUCAAGUUUUUGUGAGGUUUCUUCCUAGAAUCAAAGAAGGAAUUGAGGAAAAUUUAAAUCGUGACCCGCUUAACCCUGCCAAAGAGCAGGAAGAAGCUCAAAAGGAACUGGAUUUAGUUAUGGACACUAAUCCUAACCUAAGCAAGAGCUCUCUCACUCUCUUUCAUGAUACAGCUGGUUGGAAAAACCUUGAAACCUGGAUGAAAUGUCUUCAUUUUUGUAUUUGUGGCUUGGGUUCAGAACGUUUUAAGAUGUGCUGUGACCCCGAUAUUCUGACAAUAGUUUUCAAGGCUGUCAGCCACACCAAUAGAUUUGUCCGCGAAACUGGUUAUGACGUUUUGAGCACUGUUAUACAGAAUCAGGGUUGCGAAGGUUCUGGAGAAGGCAAUAUUUCAGACUACAUACGUGUAGCUCAGCAGCUGAGAACUGGUCUAGGCGAUAACUGGAGUCGAGUGAGGAUGGCUGCAUUAAAAACUACUCGUCUUCUUUUUCAAGUACCACCACCACCGGGACAAAGUUAUCAACGCGUUUAUCCAAUUCUGCUUCCACCACUGUGCUUGAGUCGUUAUUACGUGGCUGAGGGUGUUAAGGUCUAUAGCCAACAGACUUGGUGCGAAGUUACUGGUGGUCGUGGUCGUGAGAUCCUUACCGGCAUUCUUGAGCCAACUCUGGAUUACUUUGUAGAGGAGAGUAAGAGCGAAAACCAUGUUGUUCGUGAGGCAGCUUGUGCAUGCAUGGCAGAGGUAGGUAUCAAGCUACCACGCGACCACUUGCGGCCACAUCUAAAUCGCCUACUGGAGGCGCUGACGAUGUGCUUCGAGGAUCAGAGUUGGCCAGUUCGCGACGCAGCUUGCAUCGGUCUGGGCAACCUCGUCUCGGUCUUCCCUGCGGAGACUCGCGCCGCUGGUUAUACCGAUCUCAUGGCCGAGCGCUUCCUGCACAACCUUGUUGAUUGCAUCCCCUCAGUGCGAGAGGGUGCCGCCGCCUCUAUCGCUAAAGUCCUUCAGGGAGCCAACGAUCCAGAGCUCGAGAAGAUGUACUUGGAUUUUGCGGAGAAGCAGCUGGAUGACAUAGUGGAUCAGCCUGUGGACUCGAAGGGUGCUGUAUCGAUGUCUCGCGGCCCCGGUGCCAAUGUGGUUGUGCGUUCGGGCAAUGAGGCACAUGACGCAAAGCACACCAAUCAAGUCAUGUAUUCAUGCGGUUCUCUCGCUACCAGGGUCAACAAAGGCUAUGGUUGCUGCAUGGAUGAUACUUUUCAAAGGCCAAGCCAAUUAUGGGAAAGAGCUGAUGGAGCUAUCCGUCUCAUAGGUGAAAUGGGCAUAUAUGCACCGCAGAAGGUGACUGAUAGGCUUCUUGAAAAAAUGGUCAAUGCAGCAUCACUCACUCACUAUCCCCACCAUCCCUACCUUCUCGAGACUGCUUGUUAUACGAUAAAGGCACUUUGCGAGGGGCAGCAGAAGUCAGACUUUAAGCGGAACCUGGACUUCUUGCUACCGGUGAUUGCAUGGGCGGUAUCGACGAAUCAACCGCUUGCGAUUGCGGCUGCGGAGGAGUGUUUGGAGACACUCUCGAAGGCUCUGGGACCCUCGGUGCUGCGCAGUCGUAUUGAGGGCCAUCUUGAGUCAACCAUUGUCCCGCGCCUCCUCAACUUUCUGCCUUCUCCCAGUUCUCAUUGA